AUGAGAGAGAAGCAAGAACUAAAACAGAGACAAGCAAAAGAAUUUAAAAUAAAGGAACUAGGAAAACUGAAGUAUUUCCUCGGUAUUGAGGUGGUAUAUUCUACACAGGGAAUUUUCAUAUCUCAGCAAAAGUACGUGAUUGAUUUAUUGACAGAAACAUGGAAGAUUGGGUGUAAACUAGUUUUUACACUAAUAGAUCCAAACCAUAAGUUGGGAGAAGCUAAAGAAGAACCAACUGUUGAUAAAAGAAUGUUCCAAAGGUUGGUCGGAAAACUCAUAUACCUUACCCACACUCUGCCUGACAUAGCAUACUCAGUGAGCGUGAUUAGUCAAUUCAUGCACGAUCCAAAAGAACCUCAUCUUCAAGCUACUUACAGG